AUGUCCUACAUGAGGAAGCUCGGCCAUGAAUUCGCCUGCGCCACAAAUGGACUUGAAGCAUUUGAAGCCUUUCAAGAAAGCAGUGGCCAGGGUGCCAAAGAGUUUAAAUGCAUUUUGAUGGAUAUAUCAAUGCCCGUGAUGGAUGGCUUUGAGUCGGCCCGGCGUAUCCGCGCCCUCGAAUCGGAACGCGGACUAUCGCGAUGUCACAUUUUCGCGCUCACCGGCCUGGCGUCGGCCAGCGCCCAGCAAGAGGCAUUUGUGAGCGGCAUUGAUCUUUUUCUUACGAAGCCAGUGCGGCUUAAGGAGUUGAAUAGCAUUUUGGAGAACAAGGGUGUCUCAUGA